AUAAAUUCAAUAAACAGAUUUUAGUCUCAUCCGAAACACCGCUCGACGCAGUUCACAGAAUAUAAGAUGAGCAAGUGGAUUCUCGCCGUGCUGUUCCUCUGGAGCUAUUCUAUUACUCAAAUAUUUGCCGAAGAAGAGAUUAUUGGCGGCACUGCAGCCCAUCCGAAAAAGUUCCCAGCGGCAGCACGCCUGGGCUAUCGCGAUAAGGCCCGAAAUCAAACCACAUGGUUCUGCGGUGGCACAUUGAUCAGCAAGCGAGUGGUUUUGACGGCUGCCCACUGUUUCUACACAGAUAUUGGAGCGGUGAACGUGGUCCGGUUGGGAGAACUAGUCUUCAACAGCGACAAAGACGAUGCCCAGCCGGAGGAUUUUGAGGUGCUAAAAUUAAAGGAGCAUCCAAGUUUCAAUUAUCCCGCACUCUACAACGACAUAGGACUCGUCCAUUUGAGUCGGGAUGUGGUAUUCAAUGCUUAUAAGAUCCCCGCCUGCCUGCCCUACACCAGUGGCCAGCAGCUUCGUUACUUCAUAGCCAUCGGCUGGGGUCUAACACAUGCUACCCGAGGGCAGCAGUCCAAGGAGCUGAGAAGAGUGGACCUCCAGAAUUUUGGAGUGAGAUGUGCGCAAACUACGGAACGGAACGAGGAUCUGCCCAAUGGAUUCGAUGAAUUGACCCAGUUGUGCGUGGGAUCUCCGCAGCACAAGGACACCUGCAACGGGGACUCGGGCGGGCCCCUGCUCAUUCGCCAUAUUGGACAAGGAUGUGCCUACCAAGUCCUUGGUAUAACCUCAGUGGGCAUAGCCUGUGAUACUCCGGGCAUUCCCAGUUUGUACACAAAGGUGUUCUUUUACCUUGAAUGGAUACGAAGUGAAAUGAAUGCUAUUUAAAUUUCAAAUUAGUUGAUUAGUGAAAUAAAUUAUUUAAUAAAUAGUAAAAUGAUAACGAACAAAUUAACAAUAAAACGCAACGUUUUUACCAUUUA